GCCUAAAAUAAAACAUAACACGACCCAAGUAUUAUGGGGUAAUUGAGCGUUUUUUUGUUCUGUUAACUCCACAUAACGCUGUCACUCGCUAUCACCCUGGACGCAUCUAUUAUUUAGCCAAUAAUUAACUGUUAGCCUGCGGAUUCUUCUGCCGGGGCGCCCAUUUUCAGCACGAGUUGCCAUACCUAUCAACCCAUUGCAACAACGCAACCCUAUUUAAAGCGUUAAUAAUCCAGGUAGUGGGGUAAUGUAAGAUAACAACUGUUUUCUAUGCUACCGGUUUGAUAUAGAUUUUGAAAACGGUUAAUUAUUCAAAUUUUGUUUGUUUUUAAACAAAAUUGACCCUUGACCAGUGACGUGAUCCCCAUGCUUAGAAAGGCAAAAACAAGAUUUGUUUCUCUGCUCUUUGGUUCCUGUACAAAAACGGGAACAUGAAGUUUUUGGAGCUUUUUGGGCGCCUAAAAUCUGUGGUUAUUGGAAUGAUCCAUGUCAAAGCCUUACCAGGCACCCCCCUGAGUUGUAUGAAAAUGUCCCAAAUCACUGAAGAAGCAUGCAGGGAGGCAGCAAUCUACCGUGAUGCGGGGAUUGAUGGUGUGAUCAUUGAAAACAUGCAUGAUAUUCCUUAUUCCUUCUCUGUGGGCCCUGAGGUGUGUGCCUGUAUGACUGCAGUAUGCACCGCUGUGAGAAGCAUCUGUCCAUUCCUGCCACUCGGAGUGCAAAUACUGUCUUCUGCUAACCAGCAGGCACUAGCCGUAGCUCUGGCUUCAGGUCUGGAUUUCAUCAGGGCUGAGGGUUUUGUCUUUUCUCAAGUGGCUGAUGAGGGCCUCCUGAAUGCCUGCGCCGGGGACUUACUGAGAUAUCGCAAGCAGAUUGGAGCUGAGCGUGUGCAGAUCUUCACCGACAUCAAAAAGAAGCACAGCUCCCAUGCCCUAACAUCAGAUGUGAGCAUUGAAGAGAUGGCGCGUGCCGCUGAGUUCUUUCUCUCAGAUGGACUCAUCAUCACAGGAGUGGCCACUGGCAUGCGGGCUGACCCGCGGGAGCUCAGAGAGGUUUCCCAAUCUGUGAGAAUCCCAGUGCUUAUAGGUUCUGGAGUGACCUAUGACAACAUUGAACGCUACCUUGAUGCAAAUGGAAUGAUCAUCGGUUCUCAUUUCAAGGAGGGUGGCCACUGGGCCAAUGCAGUUGACCCGGAGCAAGUGAAGAGGUUAAUGGGAAAGAUACGUGACUUUCGAAAAUGAGAGGGAAGGUUUUCUGUCAUCAUCCCAGUGCCUUAAACAUGUUUAAUUCCAUUGAUCAAUUGCUGUAUGUACUGCUACAAUAAACACAUACAGCCACCACCUUAAGAAAACAA